CUGGACCUUAAUCAUUCCACUUCCCUCUACAUAUUCCUCAACCCAGUGUAAGAGAUCCAACUGCUAUCCACCAUGAAUUCUAUUCAAGUUCAUCAAAACAUUGCUUACCAAGAGGAGACAAUGGAUCCUUCGGUUCCUGCAAAAAUACUCAUAGGUCUCCCUCUGGAUGCAGAUGUGAGCAAAGAACUUCUCUUGUGGGCUAUCCGACUUGUUGCUCGUCCAAACGACACUGUAAUAGCUUUACAUGUUCUUGUAGUGAAGCAGGAAUCAAAGAAGCUUGAACCCAGUAGAAUCAAUCAAACCCGACUUCGUCGUGCAAAAGCUUUCGUAAUAUCUGCCCUCGGAGAAUUUGUUGAGAUCUGUCUGUCUAAGCAAGUCAAUCUUGAAGCUAAAGUGGGGAGUAGCUCAAGUGUUGGAAAAKGUCUGAUUGAGGAUGCCGAAGCCAUUGGAGCUGAUUUUCUUCUUAUUGGUGGCUCGAGAAACCGGCCACAGAGUUCACUCGAAACUACUAAGUACUGCUUCGAGCACGCCCCAGAAGGUUGUUCAGUUGUCUCAAUUGGGAAACGUGGGCAGCCCCACCAAGAUUCGAGUUCAGAGUCAAUGCCAUCUGGAGGUCUCCGUCAAUCAAGUUUGAGAAGACAAAACAGUGAUGCUCAUUUGGGUAAGACUAUGUCACCGAUGCAGAAGCUUUUUGGCUUAAAGAGAGGAAACUCUGUAAACAGAACCCACAAUCACCAACUGAACCAUCAUUCCCGGAGUGCAAGCGCCUGUGAAGAGCCUUCCCCCAGAGCUGUUCUGGAUGGACCAGAAGGAGGAUCUCAUGACAUAGAAGAUGGCUUUAGUUUUGGAGACUCCAGCAUCACUGAGUCCCCUCCUCUGGCACCAAAUUUUGAACGUCGUUCCAAGACAUGGAAGCGUCUGUUGAGAAGGAAGCUUCUCUUUCCUUUCUUCUGCAUCUAUGAAACACAAAGAAAGGGAGAAGAGGGAUUAUCUGACAAAGAAAACCAGAAACCUUCUUGGAGGUGCUUCAGUUAUGAGGAAAUCUCAAAUGCUACAAACAACUUCCACCCGGCUAAUAUGGUGGGGCGAGGAGGUUUUGCAGAAGUAUAUAGAGGUGAUCUCUGUGAUGGACGUACUAUAGCAGUGAAGAGACUAACCAAGGAAAACAACAAUGAGAACAAGGAGAAAGAGUUUCUCAUGGAAUUGGGUAUAAUAGGCCAUGUCUUCCAUCCUAAUACAACUUACCUGAUUGGAUGCUGCAUUGAAAAUGGGCUCCAUCUGAUCUUCAACUUUUCUCCAAAUGGAACUUUGGCAUCUGCAUUGCAUGGUUCUGGUGGCAAGAUACUGGAGUGGCCAGUGAGAUACAAGAUUGCAGUUGGAGUUGCUAGAGGUCUGCAUUAUCUUCACAAAUGCUGUAAGCACAGAAUAAUUCACAGAGACAUAAAGGCAUCCAAUGUUCUUCUUGGGUCAGACUUCGAACCACAGAUUUCAGACUUUGGGCUUGCGAAAUGGCUUCCCACUCAAUGGACCCACCAUUCUGUAAUUCCAGUUGAGGGCACGUUUGGAUACUUGGCGCCAGAGUACUUCAUGCAUGGAAUUGUAGAUGAGAAAACUGAUGUUUUUGCAUUUGGGGUCCUUCUCCUGGAGAUCAUUACUGGUCGGAGGCCUGUUGACACAUCAAAGCAAAGCCUUCUCUAUUGGUCAAAACCCCUUAUAGAGUCUGGAAACAUUGCUGAACUAGCUGAUCCGAAUCUUGGAGGUAAAUAUGACAUGGGCCAAAUGCGUAGAUUAGUACUCACCUCUUCCUACUGCGUAAGACAAUCUCCUGUAUGGCGUCCAUCGAUGAGUGAGGUAUUGCGACUUCUAACAGAAGAGAACCAUUCGGAGAUGACACGGAGCUGGAGAAUGACAGAGAGAAUAACGGUUGAUGAGAUGGGUAGUUUUGACAUGGAUGUUGAUUGCUGGUCUCCAUCGAGUCCAUCAAAUUAGGAGGAUGAAUUCCUUUAAUCUUCAUUUGGUUAAGCAGGUUUUGUUGUGGAUAAUUUGGUUGGGAUUUAGGGGAGAUUGAGAAGUAAUUUAUUCAUUAUUGGUUCCCAAGUUAAUUAUCUAUACAUUCAUUCCACCUGAUCAACAAGAACUGCCAAGGUUUCGAGACUAUAAACAGAUACAGUCCCAUGAUGCAAGAGAAGAAUAUGAACGACCAAUGAAUUUCUGAAAUUGAAUUACAAGUUAACUUAAGUUCUUCAGAUGGUUUCAGUUUCUGCAACUGCUUUUCUGCUUCUGUUCUUUUCCCUUGGAACUAACUGCCUUGGCCUUUGUUGAACACCAUGUAGUCCAAUUAUGUUUAAUUAAUUGCUCCAACAUUUGUAAUUUUUAUUGAACCCUUCUGGGGGUGUAGUGUUUGCUUGGAGAAAGCACCCUUAUCGCUUAAGCCUGUACAGCCCUGGUAGAUGUGUGGCUCCCUGAAGCUUUGCACGCAUUAAUUAAUGCGAUUUCAAUGAAUUGAACUUCUAAGGUGGAUUGGCCCCAUUUUGAAAUCCUCACUUCUGAUCCUUAUGGAAUUGAAUGUUAUGUUUGUAGAGCAAAUUCAUUAGAACUAGUACAAAUG